AUGCCCAGUAUCAUGGCUGAUUGGGGUCUCCGUGGCCUUCUCUCCCCCCUCCUCCCUGACCCCUCUACUUGGCACUCUCGGCCAGAGCCGGCCAUAGCUGUGCUGAGUUCUCUAGCCUUGUUGUUCAUCUGGUAUUGCUAUCGUGUGGGGACAGGGCAGGUAGCCCCUGUGUCUCAUCAGCAUGGUGUGCCAACAGAAGAAGGAUGCCCUCGGCGUACCCUCAGGGGUGAUGCUAUCAAUCAGCGCCUGUAUCGCAGCCUGCGAGAUUACGCCAAGCGCUAUUCGUGGUCAGGUAUGAACCGGCUGCACAAGGGUAUCCGGGACCAGGCCCAUUAUCAGCUGGGCGAACGGCUAGCAAUUCAGAAGCCCAGCGCUUUCUACCUCCCUGACUUGCCUUCGGCCCCAUAUUUCCCCCGUGAGUCUCAGCGUCAUGAUGUGGAGAUUCUUGAACUCAGCUUCCCAGCCAUCCUGCAGGAAUUUGAGGGUAUUGCAUGGGACUUUGAACCCGGAGCCCCAAUGCCACGGGGAUGGAUGGUCAACGCCAACCCUGGCUGGCACAGUUAUUACCUCUACCGACAGGGGGAAUGCAUAGCACAGAAUUGUCGCAGCUGCCCAUGGACAUACCGGGCACUCAGCGCACUACGCACCUUUAUCAACGCCAAUUGCUUUGGAAACGCCUGCUUUAAUGUCUUGCAGCCUGGAACUGUACUACCUGGCACCUAUGGGCCAACGAACACCAGGGUACGGUGCCACCUAGGGCUAAAAGUGCCACCUGGUUGUGAGUUGGUGGUGGGUGGCGAGCCACAGUGCUGGUCUGAAGGAUACUGCCUUCUGGUGGAUGAUUCCUUCUUGCAUACCACAGCCCAUAAUGGUUCCCCCAGUGAUGGACCCCAGGUGAUUUUUAUUGCUGAUCUCUGGCACCCCAACGUAGCAGGACCUGAGCGACAGGCAUUAGAUUAUAUCUUUGCCCCUGGUCGAUAA